AUGAGCACCGAGCCUCGAUUUAUCUUGGAGGAUCCUCAGAACGCGCAGGAUCGGAAGAAACGACCGCGCGUGGUGACCUCCUGCGACGGCUGUCGCACUAGAAAGAUCAAGUGCACCCCAUCGCCCCAUGUGGCGGUGGACGCGGAUGCACCCUGCGCCCAGUGUAUAGCAGGUGGACUUCAUUGCACGUACGACGACAGGAACAAGUACUACAGAGAUCGUAACAGGAUACCUCCCAGCCUCCGUCCGGUAUCUUCUCAUGUCGCGAGCUCCAGACGGACGUCCCCGCGGAGUGCAGACUACAAAACACGGCAAAAGUGCAGCGUUCAAUAUAUUCCGUCCGGCCUGCCCAGUGCUGCGACUCAAUCGACCGCUCACUUCGAGUAUUCGAGUAUUCAGAAGUACUAUAGUGAUAUCGAGAUGGACUUCGGCGCGAGCUCUGGUUCGGAUUACUCGGGAUCCUCCUCAGGUAGCCCCCGCCCACUGAGCCACAGCCCGAGCGCAGGCCCGGGUCAACGGUACCACACGAACCCGGACAUAUCUGGGGUAUACUACGACUCGAACCUACCCAGUCGUUCGCCCGCGAUAUACGGAGAGCGUAACAAAUACACUCCUUACUCCUACGCGAGGUCGAGCACUCAACAUAAUCCCACAUCAUCCCAAGUACCGACAUACCCAUCAGGACAAUUCCCCCUCUUCGACCCGACACAACCUCUCUUCCCGCACUCGACGCUGAUGCCCACGUACUGGAACUCCGUGAUGACGAGCCUGUCGCAAGAAUGCGGUUUUGUCAUGUUUCCUCCCGUGGUAGAUUGCUACACUACGGAUCCCGCGCUAGCAAACGGGAUAGCAUCUGUGGGCUGCUUCAUCGCAAAUCAUUCUACCUUCUCGCUCACUGGCAUUGACGCAGGACAGGCGUCGCAGGCCUAUGAAGAAUGCGUAAAGGCUCUCGCUCUGGUAGCGUGGGCAGAAUAUCUGCGGCUCGGCGAGUCUAAAACUCUGCAGGUAUGUGUGUCAACCAUAUACGACGAUGACUAUGUUUACGGGAUCCAGUACGCCUUGGGCGCAGCAGCGGAAAUUGGCCUCUCCGACAAUCUAAUGGGGCAAUCGGCUGCCGAUCAAGCAACUAGGGCGAGUUUGAUGCAACUUAAACGGCUUGUCGCCGGUUAUCAGUAA